UUCUUUUAUGGGAUCCAGCCGUGAAGACUGAAUAACAUCAUCACUCGCGAUGCCAUACCUUUCUUAAUCCGUCCUCACUAUCAAAGGUAAGUUGUGAGCACUUGAGCGUAAAACUUAGGAAUUGCUGGUCCCACAACUCAUUAUUGCAGAAAUUUCCAUGGAUGCCCGAAGACACGCAUAUGAGGGACGGGACCUUCAUGCUCCUGGAAUGAUGCGCCAUGGCCCCUUUCCUGGAGAACUUAGACCUGCUGAUCCUCGUCGCCCUUUAGAGCCUCUGCCGCCACCUGAGCUUCUGGAAAACAAAAUAGCUUCUCAAGCUGCUGAAAUAGAGAGGCUUCUGAGGGAGAAUCAGAGAUUGGCAACAACACAUGUUGCCAUGAGAGACGAGAUAGGAGCCAAUCAGCAAGAGAUCCACAGAAUCAAAUCACAUAUCGGGAGUAUCAGGACUGAAAGUGAUAUCCAGGUCAGAGGACUUAUGGAGAAGAUUAGGAAGGCCGAGGAAGAUAUUCGUGCUGGUGAAAUCGUGAAGAAGGAACUACAGGAAGCCCAUAAGGAGGCACAGAGCCUAAUGACCAAAAGACAGGAGUUGGCUAGUGAAAUUCAGGUGUUGACCGAAGAAUUACAGAAAAUCAGUGGCGGCGACAAGAAGAUGCCUGAGUUGCUUGCUCAGCUAGAUGGCUUGAGGCAAGAGCAUCAGAAAUUACGAGCUACAUUUGAGCGUGAGAAAGGUUCAAACAUUGAGCAAGUGGAGCAGAUGCGAGCCAUGGAGAAGAAUUUGAUAUCAUUGGCAAGGGAAGUGGAGAAGCUACGAGCGGACGUGAUAAAUGCUGAGAAGGGAGAACAGCUGCGCAAUGCGGCGAUGAACCCUUAUGCUGGAACUUUCAGCAGCCCAGCUUCUUUAUAUCCCCCUGUAGGUCAAGGCGUCGCCUAUGGCCAUGGUUAUGCUCAACCCUAUGUCGAUGGUUAUGGAAGGCCUCUGGUUCCUGUGGCUGGUGUUGCAGUUGGUACGAGUAAUGUUAGUCCAGUUGAUGCAGCAAGAAGAGGUAAUAUUCCUUAGGGAUAUUGACGGCACGGUUGUUUGAAUUGAGGGCUUACAGCAAAUACUGGAGUGGAGAUGUUCAGGUAUUUUCAGCGAAAAUGUACAAGGAAAAUGGUGAUUUUUAUUAUAUCGGUUGGUAUCCGGAUCAUUUGAGUAAGAAGAAAGUUAGGUUUAGAAAAUGUUAAUGGUUCUGGAACUCACUGUGUUAGCUGGACACUGAUGCUGUAUUAAGUUGGAGAUUGAUGUUGAAGUGUUUUGAGCGCAUUUAUGGUGGAAUUGGGUUGUUU